GUCGCUCCGCUUGGCUCGGUCACAGCCUUCCACGAGUUGUCUUCCGCCUCGGCGGGUCGGGCAGAGGGGCGCGCCGGGACAGGCGGCGCCGAGGGCAGCGCCCAGGCGGCCGGCCGUGCCGGGGGGCGGUGGAGCGGGCCGGAGCGCGGCGCGGUCGUGCAGCAGCGGAGCCGUGAGGAUGAGGGGCCCGAUCCCGUCGGUGCUCAGCUUGGCCGUGGCCCUGGGAGCGUUGCUGCCCGCGGCCGCUGCCCGCCGGAGCCAGGACCUGCACUGCGGAGCGUGCCGGGCGCUGGUGGACGAGCUGGAGUGGGAGAUCGCCCAGGUCGACCCCAGGAAAACCAUCCAGAUGGGCUCGUUCCGCAUCAACCCCGACGGCAGCCAGUCGGUCGUGGAGGUGCCCUACGCCCGCUCGGAGGCUCAUCUGACGGAGCUGCUGGAGCGGGUGUGCGAGAAGAUGAAGGAAUACGGGGAGAAAGUGGAUCCGGCCACGCACCGCAAGAGCUACGUGCGGGUGAUCUCCCACGACGGGACCAAGAUGGACCUUUCUGGGGUCAAAAUUGAUGGCGACGUGGCCUCCAGCCUGAAGUUCGCGUGCGAGAGCAUCGCCGAGGAGUACGAGGACGAGCUGAUCGAGUUCCUGUCGCACGAGGCCGACAACGUCAAGGACCGGCUGUGCAGCAAGCGGACGGACCUGUGCGACCACGCGCUCCACAUCCCGCACGACGAGCUGUGACGCGGAACGGCCGUGGCUGCCACCGGAGGAUGGUGACGACCCGGCGGCCUCACGGGACCAGGACGGUGCCAGGCUCUGUCCACAUGUCCCCUACCUCUUGCUCCGCCUUGUCCUGCUGUCCCCGCCGGGACGGGCAGACGUGCCGGGGAGGACGGUGGGUCCGGAGCUGGUGCAGCCGCCGCCUCCCCUGCCCGGUGCUCCGAGCCUAUUUAUUCACCGUCCAUCCGCGGUGUUGGGGACACCGGGACACCCGCCCUGCUCCCCAGGACAUUCCAGCGGCCGCGCUGCCACCCAGGGACCUUCCUGUGCCGCUGCCAAGGGACACGCGGGGGACACAGGGACAGGUUCAGGUGCGCGGGGCCGGUUUUGGGACCCCCUCCCUGGUUCAGGCAAUAAAGAGGCUGCGCGGCGGCUGAGCUGCGGGGCCGCCCAGGGCA